AUGCGCGAUCCGUAUGCCCAUGCCGCAAGAAGAAGGCUGUUUGCCCGACCCUUCAGCAACACCAGCUUGAGCAGCAACUGGGACGUAGAGAUUAGGACGAAAGCGAACCUAGCUGUCCAGAGGAUUCGACACGACGCAAUGGGUUCAUCGCAAGGAGCCGAUGUCCUCAAAUGGUGGACGCUCAUGGCGAAUGAUGUAAUUGCUCACCUCAGCUUUGGAGAGAGCUCCGAGAUGCUUGAGAUGGGUAAGCAAACACCAUACAUCGAUGCUAUUCAGGCUGCGCUUAUUUGCGGUAUCAUUCGGUCUGAAAUUGGAACUACCAUCUGGAAACUUCUCAGUUGCCUCCCCAUCAAACGGAUAAAGUUCCUCUACUCUAUCGAUGAUGUCCUAAACGAACACGGCGAGCGGGCGAUACAGAAGAUGCGCAGUGAGGGUGGCAAUGCCAAGAAUCUCUUCAAUCAAAUGAUGGCUGCUGGGGAAGACAGUAAGACUGCCGCACUUUCGAAUAAACACAUCAGGGAGGAAGCGGCCGGCUUCAUUGUGGCCGGAUCGGACACUACCGCGGUGACGCUCACGUAUCUCGUCUGGGCGGUUCUCAAGCAGCCAGAUCUGCAAUCUCGACUCGAGAACGAGAUUGCAGAACUCAGCGAGGAGCUUACGAAGGAAGAGCUUGAGACUGCGCCUCUAUUGAACAGCGUCAUUGCAGAGACGUUGAGGCUUUAUGGCGCUGCUCCUGGCGCUUUGCCUCGGGUUGUACCGAAACAGGGCACUGUCAUAGGCGGCCAUCACAUCCCCGGCGAUACUGUGGUCAGCACUCAGGCUUACACAAACCAUCGCGAUCCUUCCGCCUUUCCCAAUCCCUACAAGUUCGACGGUCUUCGCUUUCUGGACAAGAGCAUGAUGUCAGCACAUCAGAAGGCGUCAUACAUGCCCUUUGGAGCUGGCUCGAGGGUGUGUAUCGGCAUACAUCUGGCGUACAUGGAGCUCCGCUUAGGAGCUGCCCUCUUCUUCCGCAAUUGUCGCGGUGCCAGAAUUGCCGACUCGAUGAACGAUGAGAUGAUGGAGAUGGACAACAACUUCUUGAUUGCUCCCAAGGGUCAUCACUGCUACAUCACCCUGGGAUGA